UCAGAGGAUGACGUGGACCUGGAAGCACUGGUAAAUGACAUGAACGCAUCCUUUGAGAGUCUGUAUCCACCCUGCGGCAUGCAGUCAGAAACAGUGCCCCUCCUUCAGAAUGGCCAGCACCCCCGUAGAUCCCUGCUGACCUCAGGAAUGAAAGCGCUCCCUCCUCAGAUGUCUCCACGGCAGACAGUCCAACGUUCACAGCCCGUGCACAUCCUGGCUGUCAGGCGCCUCCAGGAAGAAGACCAGCAGUUUAGGACCUCAUCUCUGCCAGCCAUCCCCAAUCCCUUCCCAGAGCUUUGUGGGGCUGGGGGCUCCCCAGUCCGGUGCCCAGGCUCCUUGCCCCCAAGCCAGAGCCAGUCCACAGCCAAACAGGAUGUUAAAGUCUUUAGUGAAGACGGGACAUGCAAAGUGGUGGAGAUCCUAGCAGACAUGACAGCCAGGGACCUGUGCCAGCUUCUGGUUUACAAGAGUCACUGUGUGGAUGACAACAGCUGGACGCUAGUGGAACACCAUCUGCACCUCGGACUAGAACGGUGUCUGGAAGAUCAUGAGCUGGUGGCCCAGGUGGAAAGCACCAUGGCAAGUGAAAGUAAAUUUUUAUUCAGGAAGAAUUAUGCAAAAUAUGAGUUUUUUAAAAAUCCUAUGACUUUCUUCCCAGAGCAGAUGGUUACUUGGUGUCAGCAGUCCAAUGGCAGUGUUCCCCAAAGCCAGCUUUUACAGAAUUUUUUAAACUCCAACAGUUGUCCUGAAAUUCAGGGCUUUUUGUACAUAAAAGAGCUGGGCAAGAAGUCUUGGAAAAAGCUAUAUGUAUGCUUGCGAAGAUCAGGACUUUACUGCUCCAUGAAAGGAACUUCCAAGGAGCCCAGGCACCUGCAGCUGCUGGCGGACCUGGAGGACAGCAGCAUCUUCUCCCUGAUUGCUGGGAAGAAGCAGUACAGUGCCCCUACUGACCACGGCUUCUGUAUAAAGCCAAACAAAGUGAGGAGUGAAACUAAAGAGUUGAGGCUGCUCUGUGCAGAAGACGAGCAGAGCCGUUCCUGUUGGAUGACAGCCUUCAGGCUCCUCAAGUAUGGAAUGCUCCUGUACCAGAAUUACCGGAUCCCUCAGCAGAGGAAAGCCUCAGUCUCUCCCUUCUCAGCUCCUGUGCGCAGUGUCUCUGAGAACUCCCUUGUGGCCAUGGAUUUUUCUGGGCAGACAGGAAGAGUGAUUGAGAAUCCCGCCGAAGCCCAGAGUGCAGCCCUGGAAGAGGGCCAUGCCUGGAGGAAGCGGAGCACGCGGAUGACUAUCCUGGGUAGCCAAAGUCCCCUACACCCUUCUAACCUAAGUACAGUGAUCCACAGGACGCAGCACUGGUUUCACGGCAGGAUCUCCCGGGAGGAGUCACACCGGAUCAUCCGGCAGCAAGGACUGGUAGAUGGGCUUUUCCUCCUCCGUGACAGCCAGAGCAACCCAAAGGCAUUUGUACUCACAUUGUGUCAUCACCAGAAAAUUAAGAAUUUCCAGAUCUUACCUUGUGAGGAUGACGGGCAGAUGUUCUUCAGCCUUGACGAUGGGAAUACUAAAUUCUCUGACCUGAUCCAGCUUGUGGACUUUUACCAGCUCAACAAGGGAGUCUUGCCUUGCAAACUCAAGCACCACUGCAUCCGAGUGGCCUUAUGACCUCAGCUGUACUCUCAGCUGAAGACUGGAGGAAAUUACACUGGAAUGAAGAGGUCUGU